AUGGCAGACUACGACCGCCGAGGCGGCGGCGGCGGCGGCGGCAAUCGCAAGCGCCGUUACAGAGAGGACGACGAUUACGACCGCCGACCCCAGCGCAGACGGUACAAUGAUGCGCCUCCUCCUGCUCAUAUUCGAAUCCGCAAACAGCUGCUAGUCCUGGCUGAGUCGCCGCUGCGAGGUUGGCACGAGGAGGUACAGUCGAUUGCGCAUUUGGUGGCCGAAAACUACGACAAGGACGAGGUCAAGACCGGCUUCCUCGACUUGGUGGCCCAAUUGGUCAUUGAGCAGCCCCUCAAGACACCAUUUGUUGCCGCCGUCCUUCUCAUCGCCAAUUCUGUCAGGACCGAGAUUGUCACCGACGUCUUGAACAAGAUCGCCCCCUUGACCGAGCAGCAGAUCGCCGUCGGCGAGUGGCGCAGCGUGAAGCUCUACCUCAAGUUCCUGGCCUGCCUACAGAGCUGUCUCGACGGUGAUGGCUUGUUCCCCGUGCUGGAGGAGCUCUUCAACCGCGCAGUCGAGCUACAGACCAGCAACUCGGACGACACCAUCGGUACCGAGUUGGUCAAGAUCAUCCUGCUCACAGUGCCCUACAUAAUGGCAUCCGCUCCGGGCCAAGGACAGCAGAAGGCUGCUGAUCUCAUGGACAAGACUGAUGUCAUUGCAUCAGAGCCCCAUGCCUUGCAAGUUCUGAUCGACCCCUACCACCCUGAGAAGGGCGACGACAGUCCCAGCGCCAACGCCAGCCUGAUCGGUCUGCUCCAGAAACAGCUGCAGGCUGAGGCAACGAACGGCUGGGAGUUGUCGUGUCUGCCGCGCCCCUGGGCCUUACCGCUAGAGGAGGUUGAGCAGCAGGAGAAAAUCGACAGUGCGCAGAAGCACCCGUUGCCGAGCAUAGCUAUCCCCGAGACCGUCGUUGCCGGACCUCGACCUCUGUUCCCCGAGGUUUACUUCUCCGUCUACGCCAACCAGGAAGUUGAAUCUGUCCCUCCGCCCUCCAGCAUUGCCGCGUCCCUAAUCCGUGAUGGGCUGCUGGACACGAUCAACAAUUUGGACUUCAACCGCCACGUAACCGCACGCUAUCUGAUCGACUUGGACUGUUACUUUGCCCACGGGACUUUCAUCAAGCGAGCUACUCCCUUCGACCGGCUGCGAGACAUCGAAGGUGGUCGCCCAACUUGGAAGCCGGAAGACGUAGCCGUGGAUGCCGUGUUCUCGCAGCUUUUCCAGCUACCGAACCCGGAGCAUAAACUCGUAUUCUACCACUCUGUGCUUACCGAGGCCUGCAAGCUUGCCCCUGCAGCCAUUGCCCCUAGUCUUGGUCGGGCCAUCCGUUACUCGUAUCAGAAUCUUCACCGGUUGGAUCUCGAGCUGGCUUACCGUUUCCUGGAUUGGUUUGCCCAUCAUCUCAGCAACUUUGGUUUCAUGUGGAAAUGGCAAGAAUGGAAGGACGACGUGGAUCUGCCUGACAUCCACCCUUGCAAGGCUUUCAUCGUCGGUGCCCUCGACAAGGAGAUUCGUCUCAGUUUCGCCCAGCGCAUAAAGGGAACUCUCCCCGAUGAGUACCAAUCCCUUAUUGGCCCAGAGAAGGAGCAGGAUACGCCUGAAUUCAAGUUCAACGAUGAGCACACCCCCUUCUCAGCCGAAGGCAAGGAGCUUGCGGCCUUGCUCAAGAAGAAGGCGACGGAUGAAGAGAUCCAGCCAGUCAUCGACAGAAUCCACUCGGCUGCACUCGAGCAGUCUAUCGACCCACUGGUCACGAGCACUGACGUCUUCGUUACUGCUGUCUGUUGGGUUGGCUCCAAGUCUCUUUCUCACGUCCUUGCCGCCAUCGAGAGAACCAAGGACCGAUUGCUAGAUAUUGGCGCAGCCUCAGAGGCGGCGAGGCAGCAGAUUAUCACAUCCGUCAUGGCUUACUGGUCUGCACACCCUGGCGUUGCCAUCAGCAUCGUGGAGAAGUUGCUCAACUACUCCAUCAUCACUCCUGCAGCCGUCAUCAAUUGGGCACUUGUUAGCGGCAAGGCUGGGUCUGGCGGCGAUGCGCUGAGCAAGGCUUGGGUCUUCGAGCUUGUUUUCCAGACGGUGAUGAAAGUUACAGGUCGUGUGCGUCAAGUUGCUAGUGCUGGAACAGCCGAUGGCACUGCAGACCCAGAGGUUGCGGCCAUGCGGGAUCUGUUCAAGAUCAUGGAAGAUGCCCUGGCUAGCUGGGCCUCAGGCUCCAAGGAUGAAAUGAUGGAUCCUGCGGAGCCCAUGGAUGGCGCGGGGGGCAACCGUGAGGACAUUGUCCAGCGCUGGGGCGAGAGGUGGUUGCGUGUGUUUAGCCGUCGGUCUGCCAUCGAGGAAGCCCACCUUCAAGUGGGAACUCAGUAG